AUGGCCACUAUAGUGAAUUCAACACAAAGUGUCUUAAAAGAUACGUACGAGUACUAUUUGUGGACACUUUCAUUGUCGGAUAAAAGAACAGAAGGAUGGCCCUUAGUAGAUUCCCCAGUGCCGACAGUAAUAUACACAUUAUUAUAUCUAUUCAUAGUAUGGAUUGGACCAAAGCUUAUGGCGAAUAGAAGACCAUUUAAAUUAACAUGGUUAUUAGUACCUUACAAUUUAGCUAUGGCCGGUCUUAACGCCUACAUAGCUCUUAGAUUACUUACAGCCUCAUUCAGACUACGCUACAGCUAUAUCUGUGAACCGUGUCGGCAAAAAUAUGAUCCCGACGAGUUACAAAUAGCCAAUGCUGUUUGGUGGUAUUAUUUUUCGAAGUUACUUGAGUUCUGUGACACAUUCUUCUUUAUUCUAAGAAAAAAAGAAGAGCAACUAACAUUUUUGCAUGUUUACCAUCAUUCAACUAUGUUCGGUUUCUGGUGGAUUGGCAUCAAAUGGGUUCCAAGUGGAUCAACGUUCCUUCCAGCGAUGGUAAAUAGCGGUAUACAUGUUCUAAUGUAUACAUACUACGGUCUUUCAGUAUUUGGUCCACGAGUGAGCCAGUACCUUUGGUGGAAAAAGUAUUUGACCAUUUUACAAUUGAUCCAAUUCUCUUGCGCUCUUAUCCUCGGCAUCAACGGUAUUCGAACCGGCUGUGAGUUCCCGUUGUGGAUGCACUACGUCCUUAUCAUAUACAUGAUCUCCUUCAUCGUUCUUUUUGGCAACUUCUACAUGAAAGCUUACAUGGCGAAGGGAAGUAAAUGUAUGGAAGUAAGAUACGGUCAGUGUUUGGACGACGAAGAAACCAUACGUCAUAGGAAAUUGAAAUCGAACUAA